CUUCUCCUCAUCUCCCCCAUCUCAGUAGCACUACCUUCUCUCAUUGUUCGAGGUCUGUACGUGUCCCCUUCUCUUUCUGUACAGUAGUGGAGAGUAUGAGGACCAUGAUAGACUUAGGUAGCCAAAGAGGCUCCCUCUACAUCAUCGACACGGCCACCGCCGUCGACUGCACCAAGGACGUCCGCUUCCGCCGCUCCUUCCGAAGCCUCAUCGAGUGCAUGGUCCCGUGCUGCGGCUUCCAGCUGUCGUCGAACGCCUCCGACAUCGGCGACUCCGACUCCACCCACGGCAGCUCCACCCCCACCACCACCACCACCGUCACCGGCACCUUCUUCGGGUACCGCCGGGGCCGCGUCAGGUUCUGCGUGCACGACAACUCCCGAGCCGCGCCCCUCCUGCUGCUCGAGUUCACCGUCCCGACGGCCUUCCUCGCCAAGGAGAUGCAGCACGGGCUGCUGCGCAUCGCGCUCGAGUGCCGCGGGGCUUCCGCUCCGUGCGCCUCGCUCUUCGCCGUCCCGGCCUGGUCCAUGUACUGCAACGGCCGCAAGGUGGGGUUCGCGAUCCGGCGGCAGAUGACGGAAGCCGACGCUGCCAUCUUCAAGCUCAUCAAGUCGAUAUCGGUCGGCACUGGAGUUCUUCCCGGCGCACCAAAGACGGGCGAUGGAGAUCUUCUGUACCUGAGAGCCAGCUUCGAGAGGGUGAUCGGCUCGAUGGACUCGGAGUCGUUUCACAUGAUCGAUCCGGUGGGGAGUACCGGGCAGCAGUUGAGCAUCUUCCUCCUCAGAACCUAAUCAGAGAGAUGAACCCUAUCUUGUAACGUUGUACACAUACUGUAAAAGAUGAUGGCCGGCGAAGGGAACACAGAGAAAUCUUGGCUUGUUUCAUACAUUACAAUCCAAAAUGUUCUACAUUUGUGUCAAGAAGGAUCAUAUCUUGUAUCAAUUCACUACCCAAUUCAUAUCAAUUUAGUAGUUUGGUGAA